GGAGAGCUCAGGUAAAUGAGGUCAUAACAACUGUAAUAUUUUUGUUCAUUUUCCUGGUGCAGGCAGCUUAGCAAUGGUCAUGGGAUAGGAGGUCGGAUAUCUACUCUUUCUCUUUUAUCUUCUCAGGAUUAUAUAUUUUUUCCUACUUUUUAGUGGAAUAUAGGCUUGUUUUCACGUGCACGGCAAGCUGUAGUUGCUGUAAUGGUAUACGUUAGUAUAUUAGUCAAACUAAAGUAGCCAAAACCAUUCGUGCUUUGGACAAAGAUCUUGGCAACAAGGAGGACACCUAAUGGUAUUACCAAUACCAUGAAAUUGAUCUUAAUCACAAUUUAGCUUUACCAGACCCGGUGACAAGACAGCUUUAUUCUGUGGAAGAGAACCACAACCUCCAACUGCGGCACAGCCUCAACAUAAUUGUACAUCAGACAAAAGGCAUCAUAAAAAUAAGCCUAAUAUCCUGCCCACACAGAAUUAUACUCCUCUGAAUUUGCUGCAUACUGUAGUUCAAAGAGUGUGAAACUGUAAAUACAUAUAAGAAUAUUUUCUCAAAUUAGUCUUUCUCUGGCUUGCUCAGAGUACCAUACAGACACUGAGCUGUGGGACCCCAGGCCAGUGGCAUUUUUUCUGUGGAUGAAUUGUGUACUGUCUGCUGUUCUUGUCCUUAAUGGAUAAAAACUACAAAAAUAUCUGGUGAUUCUCUAGAGAGAAAGUCAACUCGGUGUUAGACAUCGAUAUAAACACUGUAUUUAGCAUGCGGCCUCACCUUUAAUACUGUGUACAGUCCUGGGGGCCACAAUUUAAGGGUGUUGAAGUCCUCAAAUGGGUCCAGAGUUUGGACUUGUCUAGUCUGGAGAAAAGGAGGAUAAGGGGUAACCUCAUGGCUCCCUACAACUUCCUGAGGAGGGGAAGUAGACAGGGAGGUGCUGAUCUCUUCUCCCUGGGAUACAGUGACGCACGGGAAAGGUUUGAAGCUACACCAGGGGACGUUUAGACUGGACACUAAAAAGCAUUUCUUUACUGAGAGUGUGGUCAAACAUUGGAACAGGCUUCCUAGAGAAGUGGUUGAUGCCACAGUUUGUCAGUGUUUAAGAGGCAUUGUGACAAUGCCCUUAAUACCAACCUUUGACUUGAUCAGCCCUGAACUGGUCAGGCAGUUGGACUAGAUGCUCAUUGUAGGUCCCUUCUAUAUGAAACAGUCUAUUCUACUCUAUUCUAUUCCAUUCCACUUCUGAAAAAUGCUAACUGUGAUAGCUCCAAUAGGGAAAUAUGUAGGUUACUGUGUGUGUGCUCUGCAUGGGGACAAUUCUGCUGGGAGACAAAUGGAGUGGAGACAGGAAGUGCACAUCUUUGUUGGAGAUAACUUGGAUAACAGCAUCAGAGUUUUCUUUGGGAUCCUAUGAUGAAGACUUCCACAGACCUAUAGAAGAAAGCAUUGAUCACUGUCAAGAUAUGAAGAUAUUUUUUUUUCUGUAGUAGUUUUUCUUCCCAGAAAUCAAACCUUUGAGGCAAGAAGGGAAGUGCUGUGUUCAAUUUUUCCUCUUGCUGUAUUUUGCUAAUGGAUACAGUUCUAAGAAGAAUGGAGUGUAUUAGAGAAGUGCCUGUGGUCAGACAGGAUGGCUCCAGUGAACCAGCCAAAGGACAAGGAGUGUGAGAGUGUGUAUCAGCAUUGGCCAGAAGAGGCAAAAUCAGCUGGGAAGAGGAAAGCGGACUAUGAGAAAUUGGGGAAUGAGACACAAACAAAGAGGUUGUUUGUGAGAAAAACAUCUAAACCCCCAGGGAAAAUUGGUUGGAGCGGAGGUGGGUCUGUGGUGAGAAACAACAGAGUCCUUUCCCAUCAGCUGGAGCAGCAGCGCAGCAUUGUUCAUUAUGUCUACCAGAACAUGCUGGGAGGCUCCAUUCGGGCACCGCUCAGGCAGUGUCUGCAGCUGCCUUUUCUGCGUUCUCUUGCCUCAUAUCGCCUCUUUCGAACAGCAAGUCCCUUUGACAGGAGAGUGACAUGCUUGGAAUGGCAUCCAACACACCCUAGUACAGUAGCUGUCGGUUCCAAAGGUGGAGACAUCAUCCUUUGGGACUAUGAAGUACUUACUAAAACGUGCUUCAUAAAGGGGAAAGGGGCUGGAGAUUUUCUUGGAGACAUCAAGUUCAGUCCUUAUGAGGCAGUGAAGCUUUAUGUGGCAUCAGGUGAUGGCACCCUAAGUCUGCAGGACCUUGAGAGCAGAGCGGUGCAGGUGAUCUCUCGUGCCCCGGACUGUGGCCAUGAGCACCAUAAUGUUUGUUGCUGGUACUGCAGUGUGGAUGUCUCUGCAAGCUGCCGUGCAGUGGUGACAGGUGAUAAUGUGGGAAACGUGGUCCUGCUCAGCACUUCUGGUGAAGAGAUUUGGAAGCUGAAAUUGCACAGGAAGAAAGUGACUCAUGUAGAGUUUAACUCCCGAUGCGAGUGGCUGUUGGCCACAGCGUCUGUGGAUCAGACAGUCAAAAUCUGGGACCUCAGAAACAUCAAAAACAAAAUGAGCUUUCUUCAUGUGCUUCCUCAUGAGAAACCUGUCAAUGCAGCUUACUUCAGCCCAACAGAUGGUGCAAAGCUUCUGAGCACAGACCAGCGCAAUGAAAUCAGGGUUUACUCAUCUUCAGACUGGACCAAGCCACAGCAUCUGAUUCCACAUCCACAUAGGCAUUUUCAGCACCUCACACCUAUUAAGGCAACAUGGCAUCCUCGGUAUGACCUCAUUGUCGUAGGUCGCUACCCAGACCCCAAGUUCCCAGAGUACACAAUGGAUGAGCUACGAACUGUUGAUGUAUUCGAUGGAAACACCGGAGAGAUGGUUUGUCAACUCCAUGAUCCAAAUGCUUGUGGUAUCAUCUCGCUCAAUAAAUUUAACCCUAUGGGAGACACACUGGCUUCUGGCACAGGCUUUAAUAUUCUGAUUUGGAGCCGGGAGGAGAUGGUGGCCAAGAAGCAAGAACAUCUUUUGAAAGCCAUGACAGAACAGGGGAUUGGAAGCUGGAAUUCAUCCAGACGUGGAGGGCAGAGGCAGGCAAACCCUGGCACAAGCAAACUCAAAGCUAAGUUAUUGUCUUGGGAGCUGGACGAAAUGAGAACAAAAAACAAUGAUUCUAAAUCCAAGGGAAGAAAGCGAAAAGGGAAGGAUCUAGACAAGUGAUUUAGUAUUUUGAUCCUUUCUGAAUCCCAGGGUACAAACUCAGUUGUUGCCAAUGGGCAGUAUAAGCUGUACAGGGCAUUAGAUUUUGUCCCUCCUCCCUGGAUCUGAUCUUGGUUCCCUCAUCCUCUUGGCUUCCCCUUCUAGAAAGUUGUGUCAGUACUUGGUUCCUCCUGCAAAUGGAGUUAUCACUUAUUUUCUGAGGCACUAGGAUGUUCUCAAGUCCUGCUGAAGUUACUGCUUCCAAUCUGCCAUAUCUGCUUGUCAUCACUUGUCAGAGGUUACCAUUUCCUGUAGUCUGCUUUAGAGAAGCUCAUGGUAGGGUCCCCAGCCUGUUCUAGUCCAACUGAGUUGAGAAACCAUUUGCUAACAGGAUUUAACAUCCUGAAAAGGUAGAAUGUUUACAAGGCUGAGGUGAUGGAUAGCUCAGGUAGCCUAGAAAACAUCAAGCUCUUCCAUAUGCAAGCUUCUUGGAAAAUGUUAGUCAAGACCUGUUCUGUGCUUGCAGCUAUUUAACUGGACCACAAAGAACAUCAUGAUCCCAGAGGUGUCUACCUGCCUCAUGGGAUGCAAGGGCAGUAUGGAGCUGGGCCUAAUGAUUCUGUAGUUUCUAUUGUCAGAGUUCUAGGCUCUUUCUUGCCACCGAUUAGGUAAUUUUUUUCACCCAGGUGCUUCAGAAUGUUGGAUAAAAGUGUUAUAAAGCAGAAAUGAGGAAUUUCUUCCAAACACCCCUGCUUAGAGCCAAAUCUCAAGACUGUUGUUAAAGUCUAAAGUUUUGCUUUUUCUGAUUUGUUUACAAGGCUGCCCAGGGCCUUGCUGCUGUCCCAGAGGUUGAUGGAUGGGAUGGGCUCCAGGCCUGCGCAGAUUCUCCAUGUUCACUUUUAUAGUUUUGCAGUAUUAAUAAAGUUUUGUAUUAAACUAAAAUUCUUUGAUACAGA